CCAAGUUAUAUACGGAGCAGUUAAAAAAGUCUGCCGACUAUGCGGAAUUAAAUAAGGCUAUUGGUAUUCAUAUCUUAAACUUCACUUCGAUUCCGGAAUCUCCUAAGUAUCACAAUGUUUUCCAUAUUACUGAAAAACAGUUAGGGUUCAAUUACUUUGAGGAUUUAGAAUUGCAUACUAUUGAGUUGAAGAAGUUUAGCAAUAAAGAAGAAGACUUAACCGCUAUAGUUCAGAAAGUGAAAAGUAACUUAGAUAAAUGGGUUGCUUUCUUAGCGAGAAAUGACUUGUUAGAUAAAAACAAUUUACCCUCACCUUUAGCCGAUAAUACUUUAAAAAAGGCUUUAGAGGUCCUAGAAGCUAAUUCUUUAAAGAAGGCCAAAAUUGAAACAAGCACCGAAGUAAAAAAAGAGAUAGCUAAAAGAUUACUCAAUGACAAAAUGGAUGUUCUUUACGUAAUGAAAAUCACCGAUUUAACUAAAGAAGAAGUGGAGGAAUUAACCACUAA